GAAACAGAAGGCAGCGGAGGAAGAAACAGCUGAGAGGAGAGUAACAGAGGACAGGAAGAGAGAAAAUUAGGGGAGUGGGAACCUUAUCCUGGAAUAGCCAGCAACUAGAGCUGCAGACUCCACCCUUCUCACCCCUCCCCUCACUCUCUCUCUCUUUCUCUUUCUCUCUCCCCCUCGCUAUCUCUCUCUCUCUCUCCGAAGCAGUCUCCUAGUGUGUCAUUUGACCAGGCAGUUCACAGAGGCAGAGAGCUCAGCACCAAAAGGAAAACAGAGGAAAACAGGGAGACAGGGGGAAGGCGGCAGGCUCAGUAUAACGAUAAGCUUGCUGGAAUGUUUCCUUGGCUGUUCAGCACCAGCAGAAAACCCCUGUGAGUGUGGAUUUCUUCUUGGCUGCUGCUCUUUUGCGUGGACUCUUUUCCCCUCUUCUCAGUCUGGAUGUGUGGGCUUUGAGUCAGUCUGCGGUCAACCGAGGAGGGAGGAUCAACUGACACCUUUUUGGGGGAUUUACACUUCGAGGAGUAAAACCUCUGUGUCUUGUGUGAGGGGGAGGCUCGAGAGAGACAGAGGGGUGGGGAGGAAGAGAGAGAGAUGCCCACCUCUGCUCAUGGUUCAACAGCAUGAAAGGGGGCCACCAUCACCAUCGCCACCACCGAGGCUGUGGCUGCCAACACUUGUUCCGUAAAGUCCUGGCCAAGUGUGGCUGCUGCUAUGCCCGAGUCAGAGACUCUUACUCGGCAGCAGGCAGCGAGGGCAGCAUCUCCACCUCUGUGGCGUCACUGCCCCCGCAGGCAUCAGGCAGCUCGGCCCCCAGCUCCCCGGGCUCCAGACGCUCUGUGAGCACCCUGAAGAAGUGGCUCACAAAUCCUGUCCGCAAACUCAGCGCCGGGGCCGGCGCCAAAGGGGAGCGUCAGGUUCGCAAACUCGAGGGAAAGCCUCCACCUCUUCCGUCCCACAGCCACAGCCAGGAUCUGGGCAGCCCCUCGAGGCCUGACGAGACCCUCACCAUCCUGCCCGUCACCCACAGAGAACUGGAGUGGAAAGAUGGCCUGGCAAGCCCCGAGGACCUGUCACCGGCUACACUACAGUCCCCCAGCUACAUAACUGACUCGCUUAUCGGCUGCACGUCACUGCCAAACACCCAGCCGACAGUUUGCUGCGGACAGUCAUUGAGAGGAGUAGCAGUAAUAUUCCCAGUGAGGACCCAGCCUGGCGGGGAGGACACUCAGUCCACCAGUGUUCUGCCAGACGACAGCGGCUCUGUCUUGAUGGACGACACCUCAAGCCAAUGGUCAGCUGCGGCUGACACUGAGGAGGAGAGGAAAAGUGCCUUAGAGAAAAGCAUGUAUGUACUGAAGGAGCUUACAGAGACAGAGAAGCACUAUGUGGCAGACCUGGGGCUCAUAGUGGAGGGCUACAUGGGCACAAUGAACUCCAAAAGUAUACCGGAGGAUAUGAAGGGAAAAGACAAGAUUGUUUUUGGGAACAUUCACCAAAUAUUUGACUGGCAUAAAGACUACUUCCUGGGAGAGCUGGAGAAGUGUUUGGCAGAGCCAGAGAGGCUGGCUCAGCUCUUCAUUAAACAUGAGAGGCGUCUGCAUAUGUACGUUGUGUACUGUCAGAACAAGCCCAAGUCGGAACACAUUGUCUCAGAGUAUAUUGAGACUUACUUUGAGGAGCUGCGGCAGCAGCUGGGCCACAGGCUGCAGCUCAAUGACCUGCUCAUCAAACCUGUCCAGAGGAUCAUGAAGUACCAGCUGCUGCUCAAGGACUUCCUGAAGUAUUACACCAAAGCCGGGAUGGACACAGAGGAGCUGGAGAAAGCAGUAGAAGUGAUGUGCUUUGUGCCAAAACGUUGCAAUGACAUGAUGAAUGUGGGCAGACUACAAGGCUUUGAGGGGAAGAUCACCGCCCAGGGCAAACUGCUCCAGCAAGACACCUUCACUGUCACCGAGCAGGACAGUAGCUUCCUGUCUCGAGCCAAGGAAAGACGGGUCUUCCUUUUUGAGCAGCUGGUCAUCUUCAGUGAGCCAAUCGACAGGAAGAAAGGCUUCUCCCUCCCUGGAUACAUCUUUAAGAACAGCAUCAAGGUGAGCUGCCUGGGGGUGGAGCCCAGCGCGGACGGCGAUGAUGCCCGCUUUGUGUUGACGUCACGCAACCCCGACGGGAGCGUGGUGCGCUUCCAGUUGCUGGCUUCCUCCCCUGAGAUCUGCAGGGCCUGGGUCAACGAUGUUGUUCAGAUCUUGGAAUCCCAGCGUAACUUCCUCAAUGCCUUACAGUCACCGAUCGAGUACCAGCGGCGAGAGAGCAAGUCUAAUAGCCUGGGCCGCAGCAUGAGGCCCCCCCUGUCUGCUGCCAGUGCCCUUCGGCCCCACUCCUCCGCCUCUAUAGACCGACAUAAGCUGCCCUCCCUUCACUCUCACAACACCUCCCUGCCCACGCUCUACCUGCCCAGCCAAGGCCAGGGCCAAGGACCCAGCGAGGCAUACUCUCUACAUGACCCCACUGCGGUCCAGCCGUGCCCUGCUGACUCCCACACUGUUUCCCCGUCACAUGUUCAGCUGGGCUUCACCGAUCAGCCAAACUGUCAAGCUGUGUCAAACGGGCUGUACACACCCACCAUGCAAAGUGCACAGCAGAGAGCAGGAGAGGGCUGCCGAAGGGGCCAAGCCACUGAUGCUGGGAGCCAGGCUCCAUCAUUGGGCCCCUCAGCUGGGCGACGGCCCAGCAACCUGGCUCAACUGGCCGAGGACGACCUAUGAACUCUCUGACGCAUCUGUCUCCUGGGUCAGGGGGACGGCGGCUAUUGCCACAGCUGCGGUGACAAGAAGACUUGUCUGUUUAUGCCAGGCUGGACCCUUACCUGGUUCAGUCAUGAUUUCUGGAGGAUAAUGAAAAAAGCUGAGGAGGAAGGAAUUAUGGGCUGCAGCUAUGAAAUGACUAUGAAAUGUUUUUAGAGAGCCAAUGGGAGCUAACUAGCCUUGGCCAGCUUGAGUGUACAUGAAAAGCCCUCAGUGGGAUGUUACUGGGCUCAGAGGGAAGACACUCAAUUGACUCUCAGUGUUAUGACAAUUUCUGCUUUUAACCUUUUUGAGAGUUUGUAUACCAUACUCUUCUCUCUUUGAAAGGGCGAGGGGAAUUUGUUUGAUGAAGAAAUAUCCAUUCCUAAUUGGGGCGGUCACUGGAGUUACGUGUGCGUGCGCCUGAAUGUGUGUGUAUGCGACAACGUGCGGAUGCGUUUUGAGUGCGUGUGAAAGGAGUUGCAGCGGCUCCUCUUCUACUCUCUGGUAAUUCUGAUGCCCCAUUGUGAAGACAAGUGCAGCCAUGUUAAUACAUUUUGUCAUUCCCCUGCUGACAGCUGACUCCGCUGUUUAUGUCGAUAAGAAUGGGAAAAGCAGAACACUUGAUGUGAACACGGCACAAGGACUUUACUCACUCGAAUUUCAACUGAAAGUGGAGAACUUUCUUUCUCGCCACAGUGUCGAGAAGGCCUGUGUACUCUCUUAUUCUGUUUGACUGGCCCUCGUUUGAUCUGGACAAAAAAGGCGUGAUGAAGCCCCCUGGAGGUUCUCUGUGGGUAUGACGUCACAUCAGAAUACAUUUUCAGCUCUUUAGGCAACUCCAGCGGAGUUGCUAGAUGCAGUAGGUGCAUUCAAAGGGACUGCUGUGCUGACCCAAAGUGUUGCAUGCAACAUCUCCUCUGUGACCGGCUGUCACAAUGCUACUUUACACAGAUCUUUCUUUCCAUGUUGAAGAGGGGUGCUUGUGGUUUUGGGGACACAAGUCCUUAAAAAGUGCAUUGGUUUAAACUAAUAUUAAUUGUUUUAUUAGUCCACUGUUGUCAUGUCAAGGCUGUGCACCAUUUCUAUAAUCUCUGUUAGCUUUUGCCCUCAUGGACUAAAUACUGUACAGCGCAUAAAGGCAAUCAUCCUUUUCCACUUGUAAGAUGAAGAAUGACCCAGGAAUGCCAAGAAACGUUACCUUUCCGGUUGGUUUAAGUGAAGGAUAAUAUGUUGCUGGAUAGACAGGGUGACGCUGAUGAAUCUGCAUGCUCCCUCUUCCUCAGACAACAGUGCCAAAAACAGCAGCUCACGAUUCAAAUGCUCCUAUAGUUCAGUUUGCCACUGUGCAUUAACAAUCAUAGACGUCAAUGUUGCUACCUGUAUUGUAAGUGACAGAAAGAGAAGAGCGCAGUAGAUGAAGGGGGUUAUCCUGUCAAUAUCAGGUCAGUUCUUCUUUGUGGCCAGUAGAGGUCCUCACAAGGCUUUCACUUCCAGUUUAGUUGGCUCAUACAGCUCCACCAAAGAUCAAUAGGGCUCAUACUUUAAUGCUGACAACGAAGCAAAAGCUGCUCAAUAAUCUGCCCCCCAAAAGAAAAACAAUAAUAAAUUACACAAAGUAACCUAAGAGGUGAGUCAUUAGGUGAGUGGAAGCAUCUCACAGGAUCCAUCUGCAGUUGAUGUGAACCGGCGUGUUUGCAUGGGAAUUACUCAUCAGGCAGGUAUGCAUUCACACAAAGUAAAACCACUACAGAGAACCAAAAGCAAGGACAUGAAGCCAGGAGAGGGUUGGUUAAUGCCAUGUUUGACUGAGUAGAAACUGUUGUAUCAUAUCAAAUAAAAAAAGUGUCUUUUUGAAA